AUGUGGGCCCUCCCUAGCCUUGACCGUAUGGAAAUGCAGAAACGCAUGGAUGCGGGCAAUUGGCGCAGCGUGUCCGAGGAGUGGAGUGGAGAAAGUAAAAAGUACAAUAGCUGCAAUCAGCCUGUGGUGCAGCAGCAGAGCAAAGAGUGA